AUUCUCGGCUCCGACGCUUCAAUACACCACGAGGCGGGGGCAGAUCUUCGCCGUUGUGGCUGCGUUUAAGCUUUGAUGCCUGUCGUUGCUGCCGGAUCCCCAAAAUCUACUCUUUGAUUUUGUGUUGAUGCGCCCAACGUUGCUUUUCUGGUUCUACAAAGAACUCUCAGGCAACACUGCCGAUAGCCACUGAGAGGUCUUCGCGAAUUACCCAGGAGGGACUUAAGGAUUGUUGGAGAGCAGAUUCCAUAAGUCCAACAACCACACCUCAAUAUGGACUCAAGCAACUCCACUCGUCCCGAUAUAUCAAGCCAACAUCUGGGUCCGGCAGUUAGUAUCGUGACGUUCAUCUUACUGGUCACGUCGACUCUGGCUCUAAUCGCGCGGCUGUCAACGAAAUGGGCCGUGUCACACAGAGUUAACCUCGAUGAUCUUCUCCUUGGAAUUGCUCUGAUAUUCUCAAUUGGAAAUGGUAUAUCCACGUUCUACGAAGCAUCGAACGGGCUCGGCUCUCCAACGACCUCUUCUUCCGGGGCGCAACUCUUGGUUGCCCAGAAGGCAAGCUAUGCAGCCGAGCUUUUCUACAUUGCCAGCUUAUGCUUCACGAAGCUAUCGGCUGUUGCAUUCCUCUACAUGCUUACACCGAUCUCAUCGAAUGAAAUUCUGUGCAUCUCCUAUGGGAUCUUCACCAUUGUCUGGACUUUGACAACGUUUGCUUCGAGUGCAUUACAAUGCAGCGCUCCUAAGGUUUGGCUAAUCUUUGGGAACAAAUGCUUCAAUCAACAAGCAUUUUGGACUACCUAUCUAGUCAUUGAGAUGAUUUUGAACUUUUUACUUGUGGUUUACCCAAUUUAUAUGCUAUGGAACCUCCAUGUUCGCCGAGCUCAAAAGAUUGCAGUAUGGUGUUGCUUCGCAUUCCGAGUAUUUGUGGUGGCAGCACUCAUUGUACAGCUUGCCCUGUACCGACAUGCGUACGAGUCUUCCGACUUUCUGUUUAAAUCAUGGGGUGCAGUUACUGCUUCUGAAAUCGUUCUUUGUCUGUCUUACGUGGCGCCUUGUCUGCCGUACCUUCGACCAUUCCUCGAAAGCCUAGACUCUGGAAUGUUGAGGAAUGAUGGUAUACGCCGACUUGGACAUGGCGAGGCUGAAUCGAAGGCAUCCGGCUCUAAAGGUAGUGGGUCUUCGUACGGAUUGCAACCAGUCAGCAACAGUGCAGAGAAGAAGUCGCCACCUAGCACGACGGUCGGACUUGGACCGGAAGUGGCCACGCUUUGGACAGAGGGUUGGCAGGUACGCGGUCAGCACUAGGUGCCAGGAUGGAUGGGUUAUAUGACAAGGCGGGGACGGAUGGGAAGUGUAGAUAGACAGACAAGUAAGUUUAAAC